UUUCAUAUUUUUUUUUAUUAAUAAUAGUAUUUAUUUAUUUACCACUGAUGAUUUUAAAUAUGUCAUGUGCAACGUGACCAGGUAUGUGCCAGGUUGUGGUUGACGUGCAGGAGGAGGAGAAUCGACCCCUUUCACCCCUUCUGGACUUUAGAUCUCAGAGCAGAAGAAACCUGGACGGCAAAAAGUGAAGAAGAUGACGAAGUUAAUGGUGAUUUUCUUCUGCCUGGUCCUGCUGACCAUCAAUGCAGAUGCCAACCCCCUCAUCAAGGAGAGUUUUGCUAAGCAGCUUCUCAGCAAUAAGAGGCAGGACCAGGCCGGCUACCCCGACGAACCCUUGAGGGAGCAUCUGCUCCACAUGCAGGCUCUGGACCAGAGGGCCCAGGAGACCAACCUGGAGAACUGGCUGAACCCCCACUGCCCCCCGCGCUGUGACCGGAACUACGGAUACCCUGUGUGACCAUGGCAAAGAAUGACCGGUGGUGAAAAGACGAAAAGACUGAACAUGGCAACAAGGGAACAUUUAUUUUAAAAAAUGAAAAGCUGUCUUUUUCUCCCAAAAUUCUUUAAGCAACUAAAUAAAAUCAACUGAAUGCGCAC